AUGACAUACGAGAGAAAACACAAACAUCCCCCCCUACAAGACGCACCAAAAAAAACAAAGAAAGACGAUCGGUCAAAGAAAGAUGACAAGAAUGUUGAACAGUUCAUGAAAUCACUCAACUCUGUACCUUCAUUUGAAGAAAAGCUGUCUAUUGUCUCCAAGAAAUAUGUGCAGAUGAUGGAAGAUAAUAAGAGAUUACAAUUCUACAUAAAGCAGUCGGAAAAACGUUUUGCUUUGACAUUGAAGGAGAAGGAACAUUUGCAGCAUGAAUUCAAUAAGACUGUACUUGUCAAAUCGAAACUCGAAAAUCUUUGCCGUGAGCUACAGAAACAAAAUAAGGCUAUAAAGGAAGAGUCACUUCUUAAGAUACGAGAGGAGGAGGAGCGGUGUAAGGAAACUCAGGCUAAAUUUCAGUCCACCCUGUCAGAGAUCACUAAUCUGCUGCAGCAAAACAAUGAAAAGAAUGCCAAACUCCGUGAUGAUAAUAUCAGCAUGACUGAAAAAUUUAAGAGUGUUAUGCAGCAGUAUCAACUAAGGGAACAACAGGUCGAUAAAAUGGCCAAACAAAUGGCUUUAGAGUCAGAAUUAUCAGAGGCAAAGCUACAGAAAGCAUCCUUAGAGCAUCAAGCUGAAAAGGAGAGAUUAAUAGCUGAGAUGGAGCAAGUUAAAGUUACCUUAGCCCAGUACCGUGCCAAAUUAAUGGAAAUGCAGACCAAUGAGACCUCUUUGAAGGGUCAAUUGGCAGUUUAUACAGAUAAAUAUGAUGAGUUUCAGACUGCUUUAGUGAAGAGUAAUCAAGUGUUUGGUGGAUUCAAAGAGCAAAUGGAGAAGAUGUCGAAGAAGAUCCAGAAGUUGGAAAAGGAGUCGCUGUCAUGGAAGAAGAGGUGGGAGACCUCUCAGACAGCGUUGCUGGACAUGUGUGGGGAGAGGCAGGCCACUGAGGAGAGAGCGUCCGCCACCAACAGACAGCUGCAUCACAUGCAGAGCCUGUGUCGCACUCUUCAAGCGGAGAGAACGUUGCUGCUGAACACCCUGAAGGAGCACAACAUCGAGCGGCCCCCGCUGCCCGCCCCCGCGCCCGCGCCCGCUCCGCCCGCGCCCGCCUCCGCCUCCGCCUCCGCGCCCGCCUCUAACGCCAAGGUUGAUGCAAUGGCGGCCAACUGCGCGCAGCUGAGACAGAGCCUGGCUCACCUCCAAACCCAACUGAACGUCCUGACCAACAAGAACGGCGCCAAAGAAGAGACCGCCCCAAAGGAGGAGGUGAAGCAGAAGAAAACCAAGACGAAGAAGAGCAAAGCGGAGAAGCAGGCGCAGAAGAUUGCCGCGGAGAAGAGCGAACAGCCAAAAGAGCUUGAGAGUGACGGUUCCAGUGCUGCAAAGGAAAUCACAGACGAAACCGAACCUAGUGUCACUGAAAAUACGGUUGAAAAUGUUAUCACUGUGACCGCAGAUAAGGAAAUUGAGAAUCUCGUAGAAGCAGUAAACAGCACAGACUUGAACGCCCCAGAUUUAGAAGUGGUCAACGGUGAAGUAAGCAACGACAAGGAACCGUUACCCAGUAUUAAUGAUAACGAUGAAAAGGAGGAUACAAAUUCGACGGUAGAGAACGAGGUGAAAGCCGAUGAAGGAUCUAGCCACAAAGAAGUGCUACAAAAGGACGAUAGUAUAUCAGAGGCGGAUUCGUGCGAAGAGAUCGCCCAAAUGGAGGAGUUCAAGCCCAUACCGAACGUCAAGGCC